CAAAAACUGGUCAAUUGUUUAGGAUACUGAAUUGAAAUAGAAAGGUCGAAAAUAAGGCGAAAGAAGUACAAGAGUUUAAGGAGAGGGCGAGAAGAAGAAGAGUAAAGACUAACAGGAAACCUUCAAAAAGAGUUUUAUUGAACGUUAAUAAAAAUGGCGGACGUCGAGCAGCAGAUGCAAAGUGCUCAACAACAAGGUCAGCAGCCUUAUCAACCCGGACAACAGCCAGUCCAACCUGGUGAGGAACCUCAGCACYCUGCCCCUGGAGAGCAAUCGGGCGUUCGAUUAAACAUGGACUACGUCAAAUCUGCACCGUCGAUCUUAAAGAUUAUUGAAAUUGUUCUCCUCCUCAUUGCAUUCAGUUCUGGCGUUUCUUGUUGCACGGGUUUUUUUAUCUGGGCGACCAUCAUCGCGUGGCUGGAGUUGAUCAUCUUCUAUGUCUUGUUUGCCGGUAACUUUAUAGAGCUGAAGGCAAACGAAGGGAAAUGGUUAACAAAGAUGAUGAUCAAUUCAUUGGUUUGGCCUGCUAUCAUCCUGAUUGCCUACAGUCUCCUGAUUGUUCAUGCUAGUUCUUUAUUGAACCAGGGUUACAUACUAYCAACAUCGUACUAUUUGACUGUGAGUUGCGGUAUCUUGGCCUGUAUUGUGUUCUUCAUAGAUGCURCUAAUUACUUCAUCCUCAAGCGACGAAAUUGAAUCGAAAAGAAAGUUGAAGUCAGGCCACGUGAUUACGACAUAUAACAAAUUUUAAACGCUAAUGAAGUCACACACUACAAUUGUGUAGAUUUAGAUUUUUGUACAAUUUCAUUGAUUAAACGAAUUCAUUUUAAACGGGGGAAAAAAUCAUAAAUCUAGACUAUAAGUUUGAACAUGGGUAUUAUAUUAGCCUUGCCACAAGUCGGAGUUGGACUCUCUUUUGAAAAAAAUGCAGGGAAUUAUCAAGUAAAAAUUUGAAAAGAAAAAUAACUGAAAAAUAUGGGAGUGACUCUGUGAAAAUCUAGCACUGUGCAAGACAUCAUCCAACAAGGCCGUGUUGAUUGAGGAAGAAUACUGCCUCGAAAAAAAUAUCAAAUGAAAGCCAAAAACAACAUAACCCUAUUUGAAAUAUUUGAUUUAUUGCUACUUCACAAAUUAUAUACAAAACACGUAUUAUUUCUUAAUUUAAUGUGAGCUGUCACUUCUUUAUGGAUCAUGAAUUGCUCAUGUUGUACUGUCUGUGGAAAUGACCUACGCUGACUACAAGAUAUGGAGAAUUGUUGGAGAAUAGAGUUUAUACUUAUUCAAUUCUACUAAUUAAUUAGUCUCCUUCGCAGCCUCCCCUUUUGUGGAAGCCCGACAAAAGGGGAGGCUGCAUUGUCUACAUGUAAAGACUUCUUGAAUUUAACAAAAUAAAUUAUAAUAUUAGAAAUUAAUAAAUUAUUUAUGAGCACUUUUAA